GAUGAAAUCUCGGAGACAUUUGUUUUCUUUUAGCUCUUUUUUGGCCAUUUGUUUACCCUCUUUUUCUUUGUUUGGUUUGGAACAUGGUCCAGAGCAAUAUUCAAUCCUAAUCUGUGUAAAAAAAAGAUCAAUGACACUCAUGUUUGUUGAUUUUUAGGGUAUGUGGUACAUCUUUAAGAUCGUUAUCUAGACAGGAACGUUCAUGUUUUUAUGAGGGCAUGUUUCUAGGUGCUAAUAACAUACUUUUUAGAUAAUUUUUCUUCUUCUUAGUUUAGCACAAUGAGCAAGGAACAAAGCUAUGUUCUAAAAGCAUGGGAAGUGACCCUGCGCAAGACCCAACAAGCGAAGAAGCGGGCAAACAGCGUUUUUGGGACAGUAUCGGUAGCUCCACAUACGGACCACGAUGUCACAAGUGAUGAAAAUGAUGAUGAGACCACCACAAACAGGAAUAGCUUAGAAGAAUUUUACCAUGCAGAGAGAGUACUUCCCAAUGGGGACUACUACACAGGACAAUGGUACGACAACUUUCCUCACGGACAAGGAAAAUACCUCUGGACAGACGGAUGCAUGUACAUCGGAGAAUGGUACAAUGGAAAAACCAUGGGGCAUGGAAAGUUCGGGUGGCCAUCUGGUGCAACGUACGAAGGAGAGUUCAAAAGUGGUUACAUGGAUGGUAUUGGCACAUACAUGGGUCCAAGUGGAGAUGCUUAUAAAGGUCAGUGGGUGAUGAACCUGAAGCAUGGACAUGGGGUCAAGAGUUUUGCCAAUGGAGAUGCAUAUGAUGGUGAAUGGAGGAGAGGUUUACAAGAAGGUCAAGGGAAGUAUCAAUGGAGCGAUGGGUGUCAUUACACUGGUGAGUGGAAGAACGGUACUAUUUUUGGUAAAGGGAGCUUUGUAUGGACAAAUGGGAAUAGAUACGAUGGGUGUUGGGAUGAAGGGUUCCCUAGAGGGAAUGGGACUUAUAAAUGGGAUGAUGGGAGUUUCUAUGUUGGUAACUGGUCUAAAGAUCCAGAGGAAAUGAAUGGUACUUAUUAUCCAUCAGGAAACGAAGGGAGUCUUGAAUGGGAUCCUAAAGAUUUGUUCAAUAAUUUGAGUGAGUACACUAUCUGUAGCGGAGAGAGAGUACCUAUGCUGCCUUCACAGAAGAAACUUUCUGUUUGGAACUCUUCUAAGCGUAUAGAGAAGCCUAGGAGGAUGUUAGUUGAUGGGAGGGUAAGUGUGGAUGUAGAUAAUAGAGCGUUUGAGAAGAUGAAUAUGUGGGGGAAUGACACAAGUGAAGGAGGUGCUGAUAUGAGGAAGGAGUUAGAUGCAGAGUUGAUGAGAUUGGAGGCUGAAGGUCUUCAUAGUCUCAAGCCAAGCGCUGUGCCUAUGAAACUGCCAAAGGCAGGGAGGAAGCAAGGGGAGACUAUAUCCAAAGGCCAUCGCAAUUACGAUCUUAUGCUUAAUCUACAACUAGGAAUCAGGCAUUCUGUGGGAAGACAAGCUCCAUCUGCAUCUCUCGAUCUGAAGCCUUCAGCAUUUGAUCCAAAAGAUAAGAUAUGGAGGAGGUUUCCACGUGAAGGAACCAAGUACACACCUCCACAUCAAUCUACUGAGUUCAAAUGGAAAGAUUAUUGUCCACUAGUUUUCAGGAGCUUGAGGAAGCUAUUUAAAGUAGACCCAGCUGAUUAUAUGUUAUCCAUCUGUGGGGAUGAUGCUCUCCGAGAACUCUCAUCUCCUGGUAAAAGUGGGAGCUUCUUUUACUUAACAAAUGAUGAUCGCUACAUGAUAAAAACAAUGAAGAAGUCUGAAACAAAAGUGCUUCUGAGGAUGCUUGCAGCAUAUUACAACCAUGUUAGAGCGUUUGAAAACUCUUUGGUGAUCAGAUUCUUUGGUCUACACUGUGUGAAAUUGAAUGGACCAACACAAAAAAAAGUGCGGUUUGUCAUAAUGGGUAAUCUGUUUUGUUCUAAGUACUCCGUUCACAGACGCUUUGAUCUAAAAGGUUCUUCUCUUGGUCGUACCACUGACAAACCAGAAUCAGAAAUAGAUUCAAAUACCAUCUUAAAAGACCAAGACCUAGGUUUUAUUUUCAGAUUACAGAAAGCAUGGUACCAAGAAUUCAUCAGGCAAAUUGAUAAAGACUGCGAGUUUUUAGAACAAGAGAGGAUCAUGGACUAUAGCCUUCUAGUGGGGAUUCACUUCAGAGAAGCUUCUGUAGCUGGAGAGCUGAUUCCUUCUGGAGCUCAAACACCUAUUGGUGAAUCUGAAGAAGACGCAGGCCAUCGUCUCUCUAGAUCAGAGGUUGAUGACCUACUUUCAGAACCCUCAAGGUGGGCUAGUAUCAGACUGGGAACCAACAUGCCAGCGCGUGCAGAGAGAAUGAUGAGGAAAAAUGACAGUGAGCUUGAGCUUGUGGGAGAGCCUACGGGAGAGUUCUACGAUGUGGUAAUGAUAUUUGGUAUUAUUGACAUUCUUCAAGAUUAUGAUAUCAGCAAAAAGCUUGAACACGCUUACAAGAGCAUACAAUAUGAUCCUACCUCUAUUUCAGCAGUUGAUCCAAGAUUAUACUCGAGGCGUUUCCGUGACUUUAUUUUCAAGGUAUUCACUGAUGACAAUUGAGAGAGUGGGUUCCUAUUGUCUUUGUGCUUUUUUUAGG